GGACGGGGAUCCCUGCUAAAUAUAGCUGUUUCUCUCUCUGUCUUACAACACAGGCUCCAGUAUAUAAAUCAGGCAAAUUCCCCGUUGAGCAUGAACCUCUGAAAACUGCCGGCAUCUAAGGUCUCCUCCAAGGCCCUCUGGAGUCCAGCCCAUAAUGAAGGUCUUGGCGGCAGGAGUUGUGCCCCUGCUGCUGGUUCUGCACUGGAAACACGGGGCAGGGAGCCCCCUUCCUAUCACCCCUGUCAACGCCACCUGCGCCACACGCCACCCAUGUCACAGCAACCUCAUGAACCAGAUCAGGAACCAACUGGCGCAGCUCAAUGGCAGCGCCAAUGCCCUCUUUAUUCUCUAUUACACAGCCCAGGGGGAGCCGUUCCCCAACAACCUGGACAAGCUGUGUGGCCCCAACGUGACAGACUUCCCACCAUUCCACGCCAACAGCACGGAGAAGACCCGGCUGGUGGAGCUGUACCGCAUCAUCGCCUACCUUGGGGCCUCCCUGGGCAACAUCACCCGGGACCAGAAGGUCCUCAAUCCCAAUGCCCUCAGCCUCCACAGCAAGCUGAAUGCCACUGCGGACAUCAUGCGGGGCCUCCUCAGCAACGUGCUCUGCCGCCUGUGUAGCAAGUACCACAUGGCCCACGUGGACGUGGCCUAUGGGCCCGACACCUCGGGCAAGGAUGUCUUCCAGAAGAAGAAGUUGGGCUGUCAGCUCCUGGGGAAGUAUAAGCAGGUCAUUGCCGUGGUGGCCCAGGCCUUCUAG